CUAAAGGAGCGGCCGCCCCGCACGGCGCAGGACGACCGAGAGGUGACGGCCUUCCUGUGGUCAUCACCUCCAGAAGCCAUUGAAAGCUUUAAAUCUCAAGAAAUAUGGUUGGCUCCACCUCAGUUCUAUGAAUUGUGCAGGCUGUGCAACUUCUCUUCGCUCCAUGAGUUACACAAGUUCAGCUCUGAUCGAGCUCUGGAGGGAUGUGAAUGUUGGAUGCCUGUGAUAUUAAAUGCUUCAGAUGGCUUCAUUCAGCUUUUGCCAGGAGAUGAGUUAUAUCCAGAAGACCCUGAUUAUACAGGAGAAAAGAAAAUACUCAUGUCAACAGAUAAGAAGGUUGAAGAUCUCAUGAAAGAGGGCCGUGUCUUUCACAGGAUAGUAAUAAAAAGCAGCAACAAUCUUGCUGUCUAUGUAAAUAUUCAAGCAAAAUAUAAACAUAUGAAUCCAUUGAUGAUAGACUGUUCAGUUUACAAUAACAGAUUAUAG